ACCCAAGCAAUCGCAAUACAACCACCAUGAGAAACCUAAUAGUGCUCAAUCGAGGCCACGUAAACCCGGAAUCACUAACCAUACCGGACUUGCACCCAGUUGAUGCCGUAUUCGACCCCGUCUCCGACUCCGUCACCUUCCUUCUCACCGAUGUUGAUGGAUCCCACAUUGAAAUACAACAGUUCGGCAAAUCCGGAAAUGUCACUGUAUUGGCCAGCUUCCCAUCCACAUCCCGUGUACUUUCAUUCGCCCACUUUGCUGAUGUUGCCCAGCUCGUGUUUGUAUUCUGCAAUGGUGAUAUCCUUACUGCUACUUAUGCUGAAGGUGGACAAGUAGAUGAUGCCAUUAUCGAACUUGUUGGGUCGAUUGAUUGUGGGAUCAUCUCCGCUCAAUGGAGUCACGACGAAGAAACAUUGGCGGUAGUAACCAACGAAAUGAAGUUGUUGUUGCUCUCCCGUAUGUUUGAACCUAUUACUGAAAAGCAAUUGAACCCCGAUGACGUGAAAAUCACCGAUUCCAAACAUGUUUCCGUUGGCUGGGGUAAGAAAGAAACUCAAUUCAAAGGAAGAGGGUUCAAGGCAAGAGAAAGAGAAGCCGAAGCAUUAAAACAUGCAGGGUUGCAUGAUAGUCAAGGAGAAUUGAGAGAUCCUACAGUUAAUGAAAUCGAACGAGGUGUUCUUUCUCUCAUGGACGAUCAAAGUGUGAGAAUUAGUUGGAGAGGUGAUUGUGAAUACUUUUCCGUUAGUUCAGUCGAACCAGUCAUUGUUGAAGACACUGGGGAAAUGUAUGAUAGACGUGUCAUUCGUGUGUUCAGUAGAGAAGGGAAAUUGGACAGCGUUAAUGAACCAGUUGACGGUUUAGAACAUAACUUGAGUUGGAAACCACAAGGAUUAUUGAUUGCCAGCACCCAAAGACAUACAGACGAUGAUGGUGAUGAAGUACUUGACUUGGUGUUUUAUGAACGUAACGGGCUUAGGCAUGGACAAUUCAAUACUAGACUCGAUCCCACUGCAGAAGUUAUCCAAGGAUUGGAAUGGAAUUGUGAUUCAGAAAUCUUACUUUUUAAAUUGCAAGAUCGAGUUCAACUCUGGACCACCAAAAACUACCAUUGGUAUUUGAAACAAGAAUUGCAUUUUCCGGAUGCUGUGUCAUUUGUAAAGUUUCAUCCUGAGAAACCAUUGCAUUUAAUGGUGGGUACUGCCAGUGGUGUCAUUCAAAUAAUUGACUUAGCAUACAAGAUCACUACGGGACCAACCACUGAAUUAGGUUCCGGUGAUCUCGGUAUGACAUUAGUUGUUGAUGGAUCCACCGUCAAGAUCACUCCCUUGGCAAUUGCCAAUGUUCCACCUCCUAUCAGUUUCCGAGAAUUAGAAAUUGAGGGAAACGUAACUGAUGUGGCCAUAUCCAAGUCCAACACCAAAUACGCGGCAAUUACCUCCACUAGUGAUUUAGUAUUUAGUGAAUUGUCAAUUGAAGAAAUGAAAUCAGGUAAGCACCCGCAACCAAUGUCCCACGUUAGUGCCAACACAUUCAUGAACCAAAUUGAAGUUGCCAAACAGGUAGCAUUCAUUAAUGACACCUUUGUCGCUAUUGCCAUCGAAGCUCCUGGCUAUUCCAGAAUCGCCAUUUUCGAAGUAGACGAUAUCAAGAAUCCAACAUUCAACGAAACCGUGGAACCCAGUGCCAAAUUAGUGUUGAUGAAAUCCCGCGCGGACUACGGCGCCAUUGUGUUCCAAACAGUUGACUGUCGUGUUGUGCAAUUAGACUCGACGCAAAAUUUUCAACCAAUCACGACGUUCCCGCAAUUAUGCCAUUCCUUCGACGUGGUUGUUCUCGAAAAUGGGGACUUUUUCACAUAUGGUAUUUCCAGAAAUGGGAAAUUGUUUGCUAACGAAUUGGAAGUAUGCAGCGGUGUCACCAGUUUGAAAGUCACGGAUAGUCACGUGUUGUUCACUACUGUGCAAGCCAAGCUUUGCUUGGUUCAUUUGGGAUCUAAUCAAUUCGAUGCCAUUUCCAACUUGUUGACCAAUUCAGAAGCUGCUGAUCACGAUGAGAGAAUCAGACAGAUUGAAAGAGGAUCGAUUUUGGUCAAUGCUAUGCCACUGAAAUACUCGGUAGUUCUUGAAGCUCCUCGUGGUAAUUUGGAAACCAUUUGUCCUCGUAUUAUGGUGUUGAGUGCAAUCAGAAAGUUUAUUGCCCAUAAGCAGUUUAAGCAAGCGUUUUUGGUGUGUAGAACCCAUAGAAUUGAUUUGGAUAUUUUGCAUGAUUAUGACCCAGAGUUGUUCUUCAAUAAUAUCAAGUUGUUUGUUGAUCAAAUUGAAAAGGUAGAAUACUUGGACUUGUUUGUUUCUUGUUUGCAUGAAGAGGAUACUACCGCUACUAAAUAUAAAGACACCAUCAAUCAGAUAACUGACGGUGUAGGUGCAUUACAAUUAGAAAAUACCCCUACACCAACUGCUGACUCGGGCGUUAUCCACCGUAUCAUCAAGAACAAACCAGAAACAUAUGCGGAAAACUCGAAAAUUACCAAAAUCUGUACUGCCAUUCUUGGCGUUCUUCUUGAACCAGACUACAAGACCAAAUACAUCCAAACCAUUCUCACCGCCUAUGCCUGUCAGAAACCACCAGCAUUAAACGCAGCGCUUGAACUUAUCUCGACCCUUUCUGGUGAAGAAGCUGAAUCGGCUGUGAUCCAUUUGUGUUUCCUUCAAGAUGUUCUUCUUCUUUAUAAGACCGCUUUGGGAAUGUAUGACGUCAAGUUAACUCUUGCCAUUGCCCAGCAAUCACAAAUGGAUCCUAAGGAAUACUUGCCAUUCUUGCAAAACUUGCAUGCCCAACCGGAAAUCAGAAGAAAGUUCUUGAUUGACGACUACUUAAAACGUUACGAGAGUGCCUUGAAAUGGUUGUUUGAAUUGGGACCUGAUUGUGCUGGUGAGUUUGACGAGUAUGUUAUUCUGCAUGAGUUGUACACCGUUGCUUUGAGAAUGUAUGAAGGCGACCAAGCUAGAAGCAGGGUGAUGUUGAGAUUGUACGCUAGAUACUUGAGCGAACUGCUGUUGUUUAGCGAUGCUGCUGUGGCAUUUGAGUAUUUGGGUGAUAUUAGUGAUGCCAUUGACAAUUAUAGCUUGGCCAAGAAGUGGAAACAAGCACUUAGUUUGUGUAAAGAUGACCAAAAGGAAGAAGUUGCCGUUAGGUUGGUUGACUCAUUAACCCAAGACCAUCGUUAUAGCGAAGCUGCUGAAAUUCAACUCCACUAUUUGAACAACAUUGACGAGGCCGUGAAGUUGUAUUGUAAGAACUAUCAUUACGACACUGCCAUCCUUGUUGCAUCUACUGCCAGUGACAAGCAACAUCUUAUUGAAUCAAUAGAUGGCCAACUUGAUGAAGGGUUUGGUACCAUUGCCGAGUUGUUAGCUGACUGUAACGGUCAAAUGAACUCGCAACUCCGUCGUCUUCGUGAGCUUCGUGCCAAGAAGAGCGAGGAUCCUUACUCAUUCUACGGUGUCCCUGAUAAUGAUUUGGACACUCCUGAUGAUGUUUCUAUUGCUGCCAGUGAAACAAGUACCACUCCAUCUUUCUUCACUAGAUACACAGGUAAGACUUCGGGAACAGCCAAGACUGGAGCUUCGAGAAGAACCACCAAGAAUAGAAAGCGUGAAGAAAGAAAGAGGGCAAAGGGAAGAAAAGGUACUAUUUACGAAGAAGAGUAUUUAAUCAAGUCUGUAGGCAGAUUGGUUGAACGUCUUGACCAAACGGAACCAGAUGCUGUAUUGUUGAUUGAAGGAUUGAUUAGACGUGGUAAGAAACAACAAGCACUUGAAAUUCAAAGAAGAUGGGGUGAGUUGGUACUGUUUAUCAGGGAGAACAUCGAUGAGAUCCAUGAUAUGAGUGAAAGAGACCGAGAACGUGUUGACGAUAAUGGGGUUGUUUAUUUGAUUGAUAUCAUUCCAAAGCCUGUAAUUAAGGACUUCCCAAAGGUUAGAAUGUUGGACUACUAAUGUAUAUACUUAUACUUUUAAUAAAAUGUAAAAAAAAGUAAUUCAUUGUGCGUGCUAUAGGGGGGUAUUGCUCAGACAUUGGGUCGUAUACACCGAUGGGCUUGGCAUUAAGCUGAGAUAUCAAUUUCAGUCCAGAUAUAUCCGUUUGGUGCUAAAGCAGCAACUGAGUCGAAAGUCAUGACCAGAGUUUGAAGCUGGAAGGAUUAACCUAUGCUCACAUUCUUUAAACUGGCUUCUUCUUGUUCUGUUUCCUCUUCCGCUUCCUCUCCCGCUUCUUCUUCCGCUUCCUCUUCAAGUUCUCUCUUUUCGUAUCUAUAGAAAAGCUCCUUAAGACCAAGAAUCGCGUUUCUGGUGGCAGCAGUCACUGCCUGCUUCUUGCAUUUACUGUAACACAUAUACUUGUGUGGCAAAUUUACAGCCUCUCCGGUACCGUAAUGUUCCAUUGUAGCGCCACUUCGUAACGUAAUCCGCAACUUAACUGUACACUUUGCAGAAAACUUUUCUGGCUCUUCAUUGAAGUCUGCAAACACGCAAUCAAGAAUGGUGGUUGACCACCCGUUAAAUCCAAACACGUCAUUAGCCAAGCCAUAUAUCAUAUGGGCGGCCACCAGGUUCAAGCCUGAUCUGCCAAAAUACUGUCUGGUCUCAAGAAGUUCUAAUCGAUAUUGAAGCGUACCAAUUCUUUGGAGCGUCCAAUCAUCAACAUAGUCAUUGUUGCUGUCCGCGUACCCCUCUACAUCACCCCCUUCCUCAAACUCGCACACAUCAGGAAAUAGCUGAAGAGUAGACGGAACAUUUGCAAGCUCCUUGGCAUCAGUAGGCGAUAGUUCAUACUUUAAGUCGAACGCGUUCAUUUAGCCAUUUGUCUACAACAGUCCUGUCUUGACAACAAAGUUUGUUUU